AGCAUACUAUGCUUAAUGUCUCUCAGCUGUGAUGUCGUAAAGCAUAUCUCCCAGCCAUAGUUCCUCAGCGGGGUACCACUUGACGAUGAAAUAAACCGAGUCAGCAAGCCAAAAGCCACACGAUACUAUAGUCCAUCAUCUAUACGAGCAGUGGCAUCAAUACUCCCCGACGGGUGUUGCCCAACCGGGGAGAACAGACCAGCAGAAUAGCAGUUCGCAGAAUGAUCCACGCGUCAGAUCUACACAGCUGGGAAAUACUCCCGACGAACCGGAUUCGCCGUGCUGAGGAUCAUCGCGAUGGAGGUAGAAUCGAUGCAGCUGAUCGAUCGCAGCUGAAGCCGCGACAAGGUUUCAUUUGCUGGGUUUCGGAUCCAUGCAUCAUCGCCCAUCACUGCUGCCAUUCGCUGCUGUCACUCCCUACCAGGGGUUCGGGGAGUAUUUAAUGGUCUUCAGCCCAUAUCACCGUACCAGCACUUGAAGAUCGUCAUCUCAUUCCAUCCGAUCUCCGACAGAAUGCACCUGAACUUCCUCCUGUCAUUUACAUACCUCGUCGCCACCACCACCACCACCGCACAUCCCAACCCUACCUCCUUAACCGCUCGCGAUUCGCUCCGACCACGAUACUGGGACCUCCGCCUCCAAAAACAAGGCUGCACCACCAACACCACAUCCCCCUCCCUGACCCUCUACCACCGCUCCGGCACAGUCGCCACCUCAUGCACCUCCCUAUCAACAGACCUCGGGCCCAACGGGACGCCGAUCGACCUGGAGACGGUGGAUAGCAUCUCGUGGAAGAGUCCGGAUGCUAGUCGGCGGUAUGACCUGUGUUUGUUUCGGGAUGGGGAGUGUGCGGAUGAGCGAGGGGCGGUGGUUUUGAGGAGCGGGUGGGAGUUUUGUUAUCCGUUUGGUGGGUGGGUGGGGUGGAGAGUCGUGGAAGGGGGAGGGGGUUGUUUUUGAUUCUGGUUGAUUUCGGAUGUUGAUGGGGGUAGUAU